AUGGAGCCAAUGAGGGGCAUUUCCGGUGCUACUGGCAAGCAACCUGCUCAACAAGAAAGCCCCGAACAGCUUCUCGAUGUAUUCAAGGCGGCCGCCCUUUCCGUCACGAAGCUGUACAAGAUCUCAGCCGCGGGACAGUCCAAGGCACGUGCCGACGGAUACCAGGAUUGCCUUGAUGAUCUUUUACAAUUCCUAGAUAAGGGUGGCAUGGGCUUGGGUGAUGGCGAAGGAUGGAAGAUUCGAAAAUGGGCUACAGAAAGGCUUGACGGACGUGAGAGCAGCUCUCUGAACACUGAGAGCGAGGAUGAGGUCGAAAAGGCAGAGACAGCUUCAUCGCCCGAACUCACACGAACAUCCGUCCCUCCCCAACAGACAAGCCAAAUGCGAACCGACUCCGCUCCACCGAGCAUCCCUCCUAUUGCCGAAGAACCAACGACGAUACUCGUCCCAAGCCAAGACCACUUUACCUUCCAGUCCUCGCACCCCUAUCCGAACAUUGGUACUCUCGAUUUAUCCGACUCAAGGCCACAUGAUGACACGCCCAUUCCCACACGACCAUCUAAGACCAGGCUGACUGGUGGUUCAAGUCGGACUUACCCAAGGGGUCCUGGACAUUUGGUACAAAGGGCUGGCAGUAAGCGAAAGCUCAACUUCGACGAAAUCUUCGAUCUUGGCAGUCUCAAUGGGAAGGAUCCUUUCGGAAACGGUGGGAAACGUGGUCGGCAUGCUUGA